UCUCUCUCUCUCUCUCUCCACUUGUUGUAGUAACACUUUUUCCUUUCUUUCUUUCUUUCUAUUUUUGCUAUAAUUAAUUGAGAAUCAAAAGAAAGAAAAGAAUAAAGAAAGGCACAGUAGAAGUAGAAGAUACAACAAAUGACAUGAUAUUUGGUUCUUGCUGGCUUUCAAGAUCUCCUCUCCUCUUGUUGUGUGUUUCUUCUGUCUGACUGAGCUUAGCUAACCUUGCCUCUUGAGCUUUUAGAUUGUUGGGAUGGCGAGCUGCAUACAUGCUGAUGCACCUUUAGAUUAUGCAACUAUUCAGGUUUUUCCAGCUCAAAACAGAUAUGAGGUAUCUGUUUGUGGUGCUGAUGAAGUGGAGAAACUAACCACUGGGUUGUUGGAACAACUCUUGCCACAUUUGCCAGGAGUAAAGAACCUGAAUAGUAAAGGAUCUAACACUAACCUCAAACUUCAAGUGGCAGGACUCGAUGAUACAACAUGGUUCACAAAAUCAACUUUAAACAGGUUUCUGCAAAUUAUUUCUUCCCUGGAUUUCAUGAGUUCUAGUAAGCUUAUUGAAGGUGAAAUGUCUCAAUUGGAGGAGGCCAGAAAAUUUCAUCUUUCUAUUCAUGCUGAGGGGCGCAAGGAUCACUUUGAAAGUGGGGAAACAGAUGGCUGCAACUCAAUUGAGAAAAUACCAACACUCAAACCUGAAGAAAAAAUUGCACCUUCAGAUACUUCGAAGGAUGAAUUAUUGCGAGCUAUGGACUUAAGGCUCACAGCAUUGAGAAGGGAAUUAGCUGCUGCUCUGAGCAAGGCUGCUGGUGUCACUUGCUCCUUUAAAGAUACUAUCAAUUUAAUAAGAUUUUGUGAUCAUUUCGGAGCAGCAGAUUUAAAAAAUUCUAUAUGCAAAUUUUUGGAACUGAGCCAUAAGAGUGAGACAUCUGUGCUUAUAAAUGAUGACAAGCAUUCAUUUACAGGCAUGUCAAUAAGUAACAAUGCAAAUAAGACAGAUGGAGAUGCCCAAAUAUCAAGAUCCAUACGCUCAGAGACACCUGUAAAAUAUGGUGUUUCACCUGCGAUGGUUGCUCAGGUUGAGCGGCAGAGCUCAAGUGAAAGUGAGGAGUCUUCAAACUCAAGCGACGAAAAUCAAAUAAUUGCAGAAAGGAGUCGAGCUCUUACAAGAUCUGCACAACCAAGAAGGUCAGCAUCACCAAUGCGGAGGGUUCAAAUAGGGAGAACUGGAUCACGCAGGGCUCCUGCACUAACCAUUAAGAGCCUUGGUCAUUAUCCUGGCAGAGAGAGGGGCCCAUUUAAUAGAGAUGCAGCUGCAAACAGUAGUGAUGAAGAAGGAUCUGAACAAAUCACUAAGAAACCUGAGAAUAAUGUGCGAAGGAUGACAGUUCAAGAUGCCAUAAAUCUUUUUGAAAGCAAACAGAAGGAUGAAAGUGCAGAUGCUCAAAAAAGGAGCUCUUUAUCAAAUCUUUCUCUCUAUACAAGUAAAUCUGUGUUGAGAAGAUGGAGUGCCGGUACAAUGGAGUGUUCUGUUCCCUGUCAAUCUGAAGUUGUUUCUGAAGACUCUGUUCAGCUUUCUUGCAAUGAUGUUGUGGAUCGUGAGAAUCCAAAGCAUUCAGUGGAAGAAAACUUGGAGUCUGAUUUUAUCUCUGGAUGUCAAAACCCUUCUGAGACAGCUAACACUGAUGUAGAGUUCAAAAGAUUGGAAAAAAGAGCACAUGAACCAAUAGGCACGGAAACAGAAACUAAUGCAACUGAAGGACAGGAAACUAAUGGAACAUCAACAGCCUCAGCUGAAUGGGGUCAACAAAAGGAAGUGGAGUUGAACCAGAUGCUGACAAAAAUGAUGGAAAGUAAGCCUAAAAGAAUCAGGAAGACUCAAAGUAGCAGAAACCAGCAUAUUCCUUCUGAGCAUAGAGGUGGGUUUUAUGACCACUACAAGGAAAAGAGAGACGAAAAAAUUCGAGGGGAGAAUGCUAGGAAGAAAGCAGAAAAAGAAGCACGAUUUAGAGCAAUGCAGCAAACUCUUGAUGCGCGAAAGGCUGAAAUGGCCUCCAGGAGUGUGAAGGAUGUGAGCAAGAAACAUCAUUCACCGAAACCCCAACAUUCACUCAAGAAUCCAUCUCAGCCUGCAAAUCCUAGAACUGAGAACCCAAAAGCUUCCGUUACAAAGAAGGUUUCAUCCAAAGCAUCAACUUUACCUGCUACUCGCAAAUCAUGGCCAUCAACACCUUCAACUAGAGUGGCAGGAUCUUCACCAUCUAAAAUUUCUCCAGGGAUCUCAUCUGGUGGUACUACACCUACACUUCGGAAACCUCAGUCAACAUCUCCACUUAUUUCAUCAAGGGCGAAAGUUCAGAGAUCCCAGCCACGUCACAGAAAUUUUGAGGGAAGCCAGAAUGAUACUGACAGAAGCUUGAAGGUUGUCAAAGAAAAGAAGCAGCAAACAGUAAUGAAAAAUGAAAAAGCAACAAAAACAAAAGUUGCAGCAGCUAUUGUAGAUCGCUCUGGUAAGAUUCCAUCAAAGCCUAGUUUGUAUAACAAAAUGACCAAGAAAAGCAGUGUGGUGCCACUGGAAUCAAAACCCUUUCUACGCAAAGGAUCUGGAGUUGCUCCAGGUAUGGGUCCCACUGCAAGCAAGAAGAAAUGUUCUUCUCAGGUGGAGGAAACUUCCAUUGACUGUGGGAACAUGAUAGAAACUCUAGAGGAUGUGGCUGCCAAUGCUUCUAUUCUUGUCAUCCAGCAUGAAGACCGGGAUAUUGUAUCAAAUGAUCAUGCAAAUACUGCCAUGGAGCCAGAAGCACUGGUCAAGAGUCAUGAGAAUUGUGAUGAGUCUGUAAAGAUCAAUGAGCUUGCCAUUGAUGGUGAUGACAGUUUCAAAGAUACAGCAGAGUCUUCAACAAAGAUAGAGUCGCAAAAAGAAUCAGUUAUCUCCCCCAUUGCAUGGGAGGAAAUAGAUGAAUGCCAGCAUGUGCAUAGUUCAUAUGGCAAUGGCGCAUCUCAGCUUGCCUCUCCAGUCCAUGUCGAGCCUGUUGGAUUGUCAAGUCCACGUGUUCGUCAUUCUUUGUCACAGAUGCUGCAAGAAGAAAGUAGUGAGCCUGAUACAUUUGAGUGGGGAAAUGCUGAAAAUCCCCCUGCCAUGGCCUAUCAAAAAGAUGCUCCUAAAGGAUUGAAGAGGCUCUUGAAAUUUGCCCGGAAGAGCAAAGGGGAUGCAAAUGUAGCAGGUUGGUCCAGCCCAUCUGUCUUUUCUGAAGGGGAGGAUGAUGCUGAGGAGUCUAAAGCUACAAGCAAAAGAAAUACUGACAACCUACUGAGAAAGGCAGCACUUCAUUCAAAGAAUUAUGGGCAGCAAACUACUUCAGUCUGUGCAGGCCCUGAAAAAAAAAUAGAUACGCGACUUCUCUCCGCUGAAAGUAACUUGAGCAAAUUUGGAGUUCAGAAUUCUGAGAAGUUGCAAAAAGGCAAUGUUUCAACUGCAGCUUCUACAACUAAAGCAACAAGGUCAUUCUUCUCUCUUUCAGCAUUCAGAGGCAGCAAACCAAAUGAGACAAAGUUCCAUUGAUUGGUAUUCAUACAAUCAUUUGUUUUCCUCCGAGAGAAAUGGAACAAGUUUCUGGAUGUUAUGUUGAUGGGGCCUUGCGGUCGUCCAAAUGUAUACUAUCCUCUGCUGAAUUCAUGGAUCAUUGCAUUAAACAUUGAUAAAUCAAGAAAUGUGUUAUCCAUUUUUAAUCACAUGUACUGAGUUCAUAUCAUCUCAUAAGUCAUAACAUACGGUAAUUUGACAUCAAACAUGCAGCUUUAGUUGUGUAGUUAAUACUUAAAUUUUUAUUGCGUCAAGCAAUCAAUGGUUGUAAGUAACUGACUACUGACUUUGGAUCACUGUUUCCUUGCAAUCUACAUUCUGCCAUUUUGAUCCA